GGAUUCCAUAGAGACGGGCAAGCAUAUUUUUUGUUGUUGACAGAUAGCUAACAAGCUACACCUCAUAGAAGAAGCUAACCAAUCUAACACCCAAGAUAAGGAUCCAGAAGACUUCCUUGUGUGAUUGAGUGCCACAACACGAACAAACGAUGUCCUUUAGAGACUUACGAAAUUUCACAGAAAUGAUGCGGGCUCUGGGCUAUCCUCGAUUGAUAUCCAUGGAGAACUUCAGGACCCCCAACUUUACCCUGGUGGCAGAAAUUCUCAUUUGGCUUGUGAAAAGAUAUGAACCGCAAAUGGACAUACCGAGUGACGUGGACACGGAGACAGACAGGAUUUUCUUCAUAAAGGCAGUGGCCCAAUUUAUGGCAACAAAGGCUCACAUCAAGGUGAACACAAAGCGUCUGUACCAGGCUGAUGGCUACGCUGUGAAAGAGAUGUUGAAGAUCACCUCAGUACUGUACAGUGCCAUGAAGACCAAGGAGAUGGCCUCAGGGGACAGAUUGGAGGAGGACAAUAGCAAAUUCAAGUUUGACUUGGGUUCCAAGAUUGCAGACCUGAAGGCAGCGAGACAGCUGGCCUCGGAGAUCACGUCUAAAGGAGCGUCGCUUUACGACCUGCUGGGGAAGGAGGUGGACCUGAGGGAGAUGAGAACUGCUGCCAUCUCCAGACCCUUGGAGAUCAAUGAGACAGAGAAGGCCCUCAGAGCAGCCAUCAAGGAAGUUUUGGAAAGCGUGGAUAAAACCAAAGACAUGCUGAACAACGUGUCCUCAGAUGAGACCAGCCUGGAAUCCAAAAUGGAGAAGAAGAAACAGGAGCUGGAGAGGAAUCAGAAGAGACUCCAGACUCUACAGAGUGUACGGCCAGCAUUCAUGGAUGAGUAUGAAAAGAUUGAGGAGGACCUGCAGAAGCAGUACGAGACCUACGUGGAGAAGUUCCGUAACCUGAGCUUCCUGGAGCAGCAGCUGGAGGACUACCAUAGACUGGAGCAGGAUAGGUUUGAGGAGACUGAGAACACCCUUAGGAUGAUGCAGCACAAACUGAGGGAGGAGGAGAGGAGGCUGAUGAGGAGUGGAGCCAAAGACGAGGACUCCGAUAUGGACAUCCCUGAGGACGAGGGUUCAGACAGUGAUAUCGAGGAUCGCAGACCCUCUAAACCCCGUCCGACCAGAAAUGGCCCUAUGACAGGGAGAGGCGGAGCGCGGCUCGUCGGCAACAUGCAGGGUGGAGACAGCGAGGAGACAGAGGACAGCGAAAUAGACGUGGACGAGGAUGAUGAUGACGAUGAGGAAGGUGAGGAGGAGAAUGAGGACCUGGAGGACGACAACGACAGUCUAGAUGUCCCGGCGCCCAAGCCAUCCCGUCCCUCCAGGGGACCCUUGAGGCCCCAGCUAUUAGAGGAAAGCGAUAACGACUUUUAAGCUGACACACACACACACACACAUCCACCCACACUGUAUCACAGCUCGUGAGCACUGAGGACAAACAAAACACUUUAUUCCAUAUAACCUAAUAAUGUAAUCAUAUAAUAAACACUCUGUCCCAUCUGAGCUUCCUGAUUGUGAGUGUUAUCUAGCUCCGCGGUCCACCACUCAGUAGUAAAUGACUGAAUCAUCUUAACAGCAUGAGUGCCAGUAGAGCCAGGUAGGAGGAGAGCUAGCUACAGUAGCACUCCUCAGUUCUCCUCACACGGGGCCGUAACGUUGGAGACUUCCUGCUGGCCAGCAGCCGGAGCCACAGCCACUCAUUUUGACAAAUCACCUUCACUCUGCUGAUUCGGCCCUUUUCACUCUGUCCUCUGCCCCAUGUGGGUGGAAUAGGGUUGGACAGCCCUGACCUAGAGCCUGACGUGCCACGUUUCCAGCAUAUACUAGCACAAAUUACAGUCCUGUUGAAUAUUAAAGCCUGGAUUCAAUCCGAUCAGUGAAAAGAAGACCAGGUCAAUUUGGUCAACAAAAGUGUUUGUUUAUCAUUUUGAUACAUGAGGCUUAUUUGUAUUUGAAUUGACGUGUCAUAAUGGUUAGGUUAUUACGACUGCACUGACAUGAGUGGAUGCAUGUGGCAUUUUGGCAACAAACAAAAAAACUUUAUAUCAGAGUGGUGCCCGGUGGACACGCGUAUCUGCACUCUCAUUGGCUAGAAUGGUCCCACCUGGUCAAAGCCUCCUCCCACCUGCCUUCUAUCAAAGACAGUACAGUGCUUCCAUUUCCAUCUUUGAGGGCAGGUAUUUCCAUUGUUGGUCUCUAUGAACGUGGAAACAUUGCCUUUAAAAGGUCCAUAGCUGACAAAGCAAGAUUGGAUUGAAUUCCGGCCUUACGAUUCAGAUUGAAAUCCGCAUAGUAUUGUUUUGGCGGGGUCGGGAACUGCGAGCUAUCAAAUCCACAAGAGGCUCAUUGCGUUACCUUAUCACAGACACUGCCAUUAGAUGCAACGAAAACACACGUCUACACCUGACUAUAAAUCGACAAAUCCCAUGCACCCAUACAACUUCAAACACAGAAUUAGACUGAUCGGCUUAAAUCCCCUCCCCAUCCAAAUUAACAUGGACAUUUAUAUCAGCCCAACAUCAAUGGUUUGACAUUUGAGUCAUUAUUUCUAACAUGGAUAGAAGAUACACUUUCUAGUGCUGUUUUGAACUUCAAACAUAGAAGGGAUCACAAGGGAGUGGGUUUGUGACACGUGGGCUACCGCUCGCCGACGUGUCAGCUCAUAACGCAGUUACACCUCCAACGCCAUCAAAACAUCUGCUAUGCAGCUUAACGCUCAAUCUAAUUGAAUCCGGGCCUUCAUCUUUUCAUGAAAUACUAAAGCUUGCUGUAGUAUAAAAUAUAGAUGUUCAUAUAUCCCAUUGUGCCUGCAAUAGAACCUAUCUUCUGGGGGUUGUGAUCAGCACUCUGAGCUUUCUCUCAAUAUCAAUUCAAGUACAGUACUAUAUACCGGAGGCUAAAUAUAUGUGACUUCCUGUAUCUCGUGAGGUCUUUACCAGCUGGGUCACUGCACACUACAGUACUGUAUCUUCCAGUAUGUAUGGUGCACACAUCGUACAUCCUCUAUAAACUGUAUAUGUCAUGUCACACACAUUUUCAAUUCAUAUAAAGGCCAUGUAUAUGUAGCUGCUUUAAGACAUGUUUAUUAGGAAAAUAAAUGUACAUAAAUA